UCGGACACCCGGAAGUCGUGCCGAUUUCCGAGGACUUGACUGCGUGAGGUCGUUUGCGUUUCAACUUUGCAAAAGGAAACAUUUGAUGCCGCUAAAUUAAAUGAGCAUUAGCUCUAGUAUUGACGUGCCAGCAGAGUGACAGAGAAAUGGGAGUCAUUCUAGCACCGCAGCAUGGGCGACGCUAAGCGGCACGACGACGCUGUGAAGGCCGAGUUGAGGCUGCCCAUCACCGGGGAUUGUCAGCUGGACGAGGCGGUGCUGCGGUGGCUCAGCUGGGACAAGAAUGUUCACACUCGCGCUGAGUUGCUGGCUCUGUUGGCAUGGCCUCACGUGGACGAGCUGAGGUCCAGACUGAGCAGCAGGUUGACCUUUGGCACGGCCGGCCUCAGGGCACCCAUGGGGGCGGGCUUUAACCGCAUCAAUGACCUCACUGUCAUCCAAGCCACACAGGGCUUGUGCGCGUACCUGCUCAGGUGCGUUCCGGACACGGCCCACAGAGGCGUGGUGGUGGGCUUUGACGCCAGGGGCCGGCGUGAGAGCGGCUGCAGCAGUGAACGGCUGGCGGCGCUCACGGCCGCCGUGAUGCUGAGCAGAGAUGUCCGCGUGCAUCUCUUCUCCAGCUACGUCCCCACGCCGUACGUGCCUUUUGGCGUCGUCGAGUUGGGUGCGGCGGCCGGCGUCAUGAUCACUGCGUCCCACAACCCUAAAGAGGACAACGGCUACAAGGUGUACUGGUGUAAUGGCGCUCAAAUCGCCUCCCCUCACGACAAAGGCAUCCUGAAAAGCAUGGAGGAGCAUCUGGAGCCCUGGAGUACCUCCUGCUGGGACGUCCAGCUCGUCCACACGAGCCCCCUGAGGACAGACCCCCUGAGCCACGUGGACCGCCGCUACCUGGACCAGCUCGCCAGUCUUUGCUUCCACAGACUGAUCAACAGCAGGUGUCCUCUCAAGUUCGUCCACUCGUCCUUCCACGGCGUGGGACACGUCUUCGUCCGUCAAGCCUUCCAAGCGUUCGGGUUCCCUCCACCCAUUCCGGUGCCGGAGCAGAAAGACCCCGACCCGGACUUCCCGUCUGUGCGCUGUCCCAACCCGGAGGAGGGCGAGUCUGUCCUGGAACUCGCUCUACUUCUGGCCGAGAAGGAAAAAGCCCGCAUCGUCCUGGCGACGGAUCCUGAUGCGGAUCGACUGGCGGUGGCAGAGAUGUGCGACAGGUGUCGCUGGAAGGUUUUUUCCGGGAAUGAGCUGGCGGCGCUCCUGGGCUGGUGGAUGUUUUUCUCGUGGAAGGAGACGCACGACGACCCCGCUGACCUGCAGCACGUCUACAUGCUCGCCACCACCGUGUCCUCAAAGAUCCUGCAGGCUCUGGCCCGCAUCGAAGGCUUCCACUUUGAGGAAACGCUUCCGGGCUUCAAAUGGAUCGGAAACCGGAUCCACGAGCUCACUGGAAGCGGAAAAAACGUUUUGUUUUCCUUCGAGGAGUCCAUCGGCUUCCUGUGCGGCGCAAUGCUUCCUGACAAGGACGGCGUGAGCACGGCGGCCGUGGUGGCCGAGAUGGCCGCUUAUCUCCACCACAGGAAGCUGAGCCUCCAGCAACAGCUGCACAACAUCUACCUGACGUACGGCCAUCACGUCUCCACCAGCUCCUACGUCAUCUGUAACGACGGCGCCAUCGUCCACAAGAUCUUCGCCCGGAUCAGAGACUUCGACGGCCAAGGCUCGUACCCCGACACCUGCGGCGGCGUGCGCAUCGUGCACGUGCGAGACGUCACCACGGGAUACGACAGCAGCCAGCCUGAUUGCCGCUCGAUUCUCCCCGUGAGCAGGAGCGGUCACAUGAUCACUUUCACGCUUCACAACGGCGUGGUGGCCACGCUGAGAACGAGCGGCACGGAACCCAAAAUCAAAUACUACAGCGAGCUGCGCGCCACGCCCGGAACCAGUGAUGUGUGCUGUCUGGAGGCGGAGCUUAAGCAGGUGACCGACGCUCUGGUGGAGGAGUUUCUCCAGCCGGAGAGAAACAAGCUGAUUCGCCGCAUUGUGUGAAGUCCACGUUCUUCAAUGACUGCCAGAGAGGGCGCAGCUGCCUCGCUUGCCUCGCCGCCGUCAGGGCCGCUGUCAGCUCCGCCGUCAGCUCCAAAUCAACCACAUCAAACGCGUCCCACAAGAUGGCCUCCAUCUGCUCGCCGCCGCACGUCGCCACAGCAAGCUGAGGGAAUGAGUGACACACGCUCCUCGUUUAGACAUUGAAACCAUCUCCCACGCCUUCUUCGGACAAGCAACUCAGCGGUGUUCGUGUGAUUUCCACGCUUUCCUGCCUGGGGCUCGAACCCGGGUUCUCCGAAUGAGAGUGCGUGAGCCAGUCAUUGAGCUAAAGGCCUGAGCUUCCCAGGCGUCAGAGUGAGGUUUGGCUCCUACAUGAGUACAAAGCAACUCGCCAAGACGGAUCCUCUUGCACAGGGGUGUCCAAGCUUUUUGGGAGGACUUAGGGGCCGCAUUGGGCAAAAAGAAUUUGACCGGGGGUUGUAAGCAUGUAAAGUAACUAAUAUAUAUAACAAUAUCCAUAACCUUAUGUAAAUAACUAUAUAUCUCUAUAUUUACACACACAUAUAUACACAUUUACAUACGGUCGCAAUCAAACGUUUACAUACACGUCAGUGUUUCCCCCAGAAAAUUUGUUAAAGUUAAGGUGGUGUCUCUCCAGGGGGAAGGAGGAGGUGGGUGGGUGAAAGGAACAGCAUAACUCGGCCUGUCGCCAUCAAGUCUCCAUUUCAUCGCUGCCACCACAGCCUGGUGGGCAAUAGACUACAGACUGCGGUGAAGUAGGCCGGCUUUGUCGCGUGAGGAAGCCCACAAUUUUUGGUUGUGGUUUCCGCUCCAUAUGCUGAAUGCUGAUAUACUAUAUAUAUCUCGAUAUUUUUUCUGUAAAGUAAAAACAAUACACAAAACAGUCCUAGUUACCUGAGAUACUAAGUAUGUCAUCAUUAUGACUUUGUAAGUCAAUAUUUUGACUUACUAAUUUACUAAGUCAAAAUAAUGACAAAAUAAUAACUUAAGUCAAAUUAAUGAAUUAAUGAGUCAAACUAAUGACUUACUGUAAGCAAGCAUUUGCAAAAAAGACUUAAAAAUGGGGGCCACAUGCUGACAUAUGUUCAACUCAUCAUGCUUAAUUUGUUACAGCAUUUGAGAAGCCUGUAGUUGAUUUUUGUUAUGUAAAUGUUAUAUUUUUAUCAACAUGUGAUAGCAGGGACCUUGCCAUUCAAAACUACGCUGCUAAAUUACUAAUACUUAAUGUAACUAUAGCUGAAAAAAAUAGUACAAUAGCAAUAGGAGCGACUAUUCAUCCCUGAACACCGUGGGGUUCAUGGAGGCUUUAUGAUGCUGUUACAUUAUUAAGUCAACCAUCAGAGACAUCUUCAGGAAACUCUUCUAUUAACAUAAUGGCGUUUUUUGCUGCUUCAACACAGAAAAAGGUCAAGUGAAAUAACUUAUUUGUUAAUUGUAGGUCAAUAAUGCUUGUCUUUCUCUCAAACACAGGGUUUUGCUGUCCGUUUAAUGUGGGGCACACACAAACUGCACAGUGAGCUAACCUUACGCUAAAAGCUAAUUAGCCUUCACCUCAAGGACUGCGAGCGAGCGAGCUGCCGCUUAUGUUUCUAGUACGUCAACAGGCUCAUAGUGAUGUUACUAGUAGUUGACUUGGAGGUGUUUAUUAUAAUUUGGGGAGAGUCCGCUGCCUUAUGCUUACCUGCAAAACACCUAUCUGCUCACCACACCGUCUCUCCUCUCUGCCUGCCUCUGUCGUGAACACCGACUCCAUGCGCUCUGAAUACGCACUGCUGGUUGGCUGUUACAUCCGCUCUGAAUACGCACUGCUGAUUGGCUGUUACGUCCGCUCUUAACACGCAGAUAUUAGGUUUUGUUUUUUUGUUAUACGGUCAUGAAUUCAACAAGCAGCUCUGAAUACACACUGCUGAUUGGCUGUUACCGCUCUGCGUGUAACCAUUUAGAUGGUUCUGUGGGUGGACAAUGCUGGGUGCUGCAGCAAUGUACUGACUUAGGCAGAAGAAGCGUAGCAGCUUGUUAAGACGCUAGUUUAGGCGGUGGCUCUUUGUUAAGGCGGCUGCAGUGAAACUUGCCAAGGGACAUGUAACCAAAUAACAUUGCUGUAUACUUUUGACCCAGCAGAUUUGCUCACAUUUUCAGUAGACCCAUAAUAAAUUCAUAAAAGAACCAAACUUCAUGAAUGUUUUUUGUGACCAACAAGUAUGUGCUCCAAUCAUUGUUCUUUACAAGUGUAUGUAAACUUUUGACCAUGACUGUAUACGCAUAUAUUCCUGUAUAUACACACAUAUACAUAUAUAUACACAUAUAUAUAAAUAUACAUAGAUCCAUAUAUUUAUACACAUACAGUACAGGCCAAAGUUUGGACAUACCUCAUUCAAUGAGUUUUCUUUAUUUUCAUGACUAUUUACAUUGUAGACUGUCACUGUAGGCAUCAAAACUGUGAAUGAACACAUGUGGAGUUAUGUAAUUAACAAAAAAUGGUGAAAUAACUAAAAACAUGUUUUAUAUUCUAGUUCCUUCAAAAUUCUUUCGGGUAGCUAUUUUGAAGGAACUAGAAUAUAAAACAUGUUUUCAGUUAUUUCACCUUUUUUUGUUAAGUACAUAACUCGAAAGGUGUUCAUUCAUAGUUUUGAUGUCUUCAGUGACAAUCUACAAUGUAAAUAAAGAAAACGCGCCCUGCGAUGAGGUUGCGACUUGUCCAGGGUGUACACUGCCUUCCGCCCGACUGUGGCUGAGAUGGGCACCAGCGCCCCCAAAGGGAAUAAGCGGUAGAAAAUGGAUGGAUGGAUAAAGAAAACACAAUGAAUGAGAUGUGUCCAAACUUUUGACCUGUACUGUAUGUAUGUAUGUGUAUAUAUAUAUAUAUAUAUAUAUAUAUAUAUAUAUAUAUAUAUAUAUAAAAAUAAUGGAUAUAUAUCUAAUAAAUAAUAUGAUUGGAUAUUAAGAGUAUAAAGCAACAAACAUGCGCCAAACUUGUUAAGUGUGGAAAGAAGGUUUUGCAUUUUUCCCAUCAUGCAUUGCGGGGGAUUUAAAUUGGUGUAAUUUUGAAUAUGUUGUGAUUUGACAAUUUUUUUAUGAUAUCCACGAAUUUCAGUGGGCAGGUUGUGAUGUGUGACCAUGUGCGUUGACUCUGUGUUAGUUUAUUUGCGCCAUGAGUGGGAAAGGUUGUUUGGAUUGAGUCGUAAAUAAAAAUGCUGUGCUGUGUACACUUCAA